AUGUGGUGGGUGGAGCUGCGUGCAGGGGGUGUUUUUAAAAAGCGGCUUCGGUCCCGCGCGCGACAGUCCCGAACCGAGACUGAGUUCAGGACCCAGGUUUCAGGACCCAGAAGCCAGGACCCAGAAUCCAGGACCUGCGCCACCUCUGUCAACGCUGUGACCGCCAUAGUCACAAACAGAUUCAUGAUGGAGGUCAUAAAGAAGAAGAUGAGUCAGUGUAAGGAGCAACUCGAGAGAGCCCAGGCCACAGAAGCUAGACUGGAGAGAGAACUGCACGAGGAGAGAUGUCGCAGGGCAGAGGUGGAGAAGGAGGUGUCUGUUCUCUCUCAGAAGCUGCAGGACACUGAGGACAAACUGGACUCUGUGCAGCAGAGACUCAAGACGUCGACGCUUAAAGUCACAGAGGCAGAGAGGAGAGCGGAUGAGAACAAGUGGAAGAGGAAGGCGUAUCUGAACACAAAUCUGCAAAAUGAGGAGCGACUGGACAAACUGGAGCUGCAACUUAGAGAGACGCAGUGGAUCGCUCAAGAGGCACAGAGGAAGCAUAGUGAGUGUCAGGAUAAAGUCCAGCUGGUGGAGGAGGAGGUGGACGGAGCUGAGCAGCGCGCCCAACACGCACAGAUGAAGCAGAGGAUUCUUGAGGACCAGCUCAGAGUUUUGGAACAGUCAUUGAAAAGUCUACAAGCUUCAGGCGAGAAGUUUUCUCUGAGCACCUGUUUGGACGAGAAUUUACGACAACUCAUAGACAAAGUGCAGCAGGCUGAGUUCAGAGCUGAGAACUCUGAGAGGAAAAGGACAAAUCUGAAGGAGACCAUUGACCAACUCGAAGAGUUUUCUGAGGCCGAACGGAGGGUUAUCAAAGUUUACACGAUUUAA